AUGAGCGAGCCAGCAACACCACGAGAAGAUGCAAAACAAGACAAACAAUUUGAGAAGGACAAGGAGAAUAUCAAGAAGUACGCGAAAGAUCUCAACCGAUUUUUUUCAUACACGAAGAAGCGUCCGAACUUCAAGGUGGUGUACUCGUCGACGUUGUACGGGUUUGACCGAAAAAAGUUGUACGACACAGUAACAGGGCAGGGCAACAUUAUGUUCUGCUUUGAGACAGUUAAGGGCGAUGUCUUUGGUUGUUUUGAUGAACUUGAAAUACCUGAGGCGAACAAGUAUGGGUCGAACUCAAUCAACAACGACCCACACUACUUUGUCUUCUCUCUUGUGAACAAAAGCUUUUAUGGAGCUUUUUCAUUGACACUUUCCGACCAAAAAGAAAAGAAAAAUAAGGCUUUUGCUUACACACCCACCCCUCGUGGUGUUGGUAUUGUCGACGGUGUAACUAAUUUAGGCACUUCAAUGGUGACGGGAAUCACUCAGGGGAUUACACAAGGUAUCACAUCUUCUGUCGAUGUUAUCAGCACCAUUGGGCAGACCUCCACCAAAGACUCGGAAGACAAAAAGAAAGUCCGGAGUUUGUAUGUGUCGUCUGUGGUGAACACGGAUUGGUUGCUGGAGACGUAUUGUGGGUUCAUCAUUUCGGGCAAUGAGGUGAUGUUCAACAAGCGAAUGGGAAGUUAUUACAAAAUCGACGUAGCGCCAGAAGUCCUCAGCGACGAUGAAAGGCAGAAGGCGGAGUUUCUGUCGAAGGUGCAAGACCUUUUUGUUGGAGGGAAUCAGCCGAAGGCGGUUGAGUUGAAGAAGAUGAUUGUCAUGCAAUUCACCUUCGACACUAAAAAGUAA